CACUGCAUUCACAGCGCGAAAGACACCGACAGCACUUAUAACGGCACUCAGACAUUUUAAACCGUCUUUUUUAAAAUAACCGUCUUUGAAUUUGAAUACUUUUGAAUUUGUGUCGUUGUCGUUAUUUUUCUGAGUGUGUAUCGAUCGAGUGUAUCGUGCUGUGAAGAACAGAAACAGCAGAGAGAAAGUGUGUAUAAGUGUGUGUGUGUGUGAGUGAGAGUGUGUGUGUGUGCGUGCGCGCGCGCUGCUGGACUUCAGUGUGUGUGUGUUAAUGUGAUAUUAUGGCGGUGAGUCUGGAUAAAGACGCGUUUUACCGCCGCAUCAAGCGACUCUACGGCAACUGGAAGAAAGGUGAAGAUGAGUUCGGGAAGGUGGAUGCCAUCGUUGUGUCUGUUGGAGUGGAUGAGGAGAUCGUCUACGCCAAAUCUACAGCCCUCCAGACGUGGCUGUUUGGUUAUGAGCUCACAGACACUAUAAUGGUGUUUUGUGAAAGUAAGAUCAUAUUUCUGGCCAGUAAGAAGAAAGUGGAGUUUCUGAAGCAGGUCGCCAACACUAAAGGCAACGAGAACGCAAACGGUGUUCCUCCAAUCACGCUGCUCGUCAGGGAAAAGAAUGAGAGCAACAAAGUCAACUUCGACAAGAUGAUCGAGGCAAUCCGUGGCAGUAAAGAGGGCAAGACGGUCGGUGUUUUCAUCAAGGACAAGUUUCCAGGAGAGUAUAUGAAGAGCUGGAGCGACACCAUCACGGCGGAGGGACUCCAGAAGGUGGACAUCAGUACUGUGGUGGCGUACACGAUGGCGGUGAAGGAGGAUGGAGAGUUGGCGUUGAUGAAGAAAGCGGCCACCAUCACCACCGACGUCUUCUCAAAGUUCUUCAAGGAGAGGGUGAUGGAGAUCGUGGACGCAGACGAGAAAGUGAAGCACAGUCGACUGGCCGAGUCUGUGGAGAAGGCCAUUGAAGACCGCAAGUUUCUGGGCGGUGUUGAUCCGUCCACGGUGGAGAUGUGUUACCCUCCCAUCAUCCAGAGCGGCGGGAACUACAGCCUCAAGUUCAGCGUCGUCAGCGAUAAGAACCACAUGCACUUCGGGGCCAUCACUUGUGCCAUGGGCAUCCGCUACAAGUCCUACUGCUCCAAUCUGGUGCGCACGCUGAUGGUGGACCCAUCUCAGGAAAUGCAGGACAACUACAACUUCCUGUUGCAGGUGGAGGAGGAGCUUCUUAAAGAGAUGAAGCACGGAGUGAAGCUCAGUGAGGCUUACAACGCCGUCAUGGAGUUUGUCAAGAAGGAGAAACCAGACCUGGUCAGCAAACUCACCAAAAACCUCGGGUUUGCCAUGGGCAUCGAGUUCAGAGAAGGAUCUCUCGUAAUCAACCAGAAAAAUCAGUUCAAGCUCAAAAGAGGGAUGGUCUUCAGCAUCAGUCUGGGAUUCGCUGACAUGAUCAACAAAGAGGGAAAGAAAGAGGAGCAGAAGAAAUACGCCCUGUUCAUCGGAGACACCAUACAGAUCAAUGAGGAGGAUCAAGCCACCGUCCUCACCCCUGUUAAGAAGAAGAUUAAAAACGUUGGCAUUUUCCUCAAGAAUGACGAUGAAGAUGAGGAGGAGGAAGAGGGCGAUAAUGCAGAGGAGCUGCUGGGCAAAGGAGCUCGCAGCGCCGCCCUGCUGGCAGACAGAACCAGGAAUGAGAUGACUGCGGAGGAGAAGAGGCGGACUCAUCAGAAGGAGCUGGCCAAUCAGGUGAACGAGGAGGCCAAGCGGCGUCUGACGGAGCAGAAAGGAGGACAGCAGAUACAGAAAGUCAGAAAGUCCAACGUGUCGUAUAAGAACGUCUCGCAGAUGCCCAAGGAGAAGGACAUCAGAGAUAUGAAGAUCUUCAUCGAUAAGAAGCACGAGACGGUCAUCAUGCCUGUGUUUGGCAUCGCCACACCGUUUCACAUCGCCACCAUCAAGAACAUCAGCAUGUCUGUGGAAGGAGACUACACGUAUCUGAGGAUAAACUUCUUCGUGCCAGGCAGCUCUCUGGGGCGACACGAGGGCAACAUCUUCCCCAAUCCCGAGGCCACUUUUGUCAAAGAGAUUACAUACCGCGCAUCGAACCUGAAGUCCCCGGGUGAUCACUCGGUGCCUUCCACCAACCUGCAGAACGCUUUCCGCAUCAUCAAGGAGGUGCAGAAGCGCUACAAGACCCGCGAGGCCGAGGAGAAGGAGAAGGAGGGCAUCGUGAAGCAGGACUCGCUCGUCAUCAACCUGAACCGCAGCAACCCCAAACUCAAAGACCUGUACAUCCGACCCAACAUUGCGCAGAAGAGGAUGCAGGGCUCGCUGGAGGCACACACCAACGGUUUCCGGUUCACGUCAGUACGAGGAGAUAAAGUCGACAUUUUGUACAACAAUAUCAAACACGCCAUCUUCCAGCCCUGCGACGGGGAGAUGAUCAUCGUACUGCAUUUCCAUCUGAAGAACGCCAUCAUGUUCGGUAAGAAGCGCCACACGGACGUGCAGUUUUACACGGAGGUGGGCGAGAUCACCACAGAUCUGGGCAAACACCAGCACAUGCACGACCGAGACGACCUGUACGCCGAGCAGAUGGAGAGAGAGAUGAGGCACAAGCUCAAAUCUGCCUUCAAGAACUUCAUCGAGAAAGUGGAGUCGCUCACCAAGGAGGAGCUGGAGUUCGAGGUUCCCUUCAGAGAUCUCGGGUUUCAGGGCGCCCCCUACAGGAGCACCUGCCUACUGCAGCCCACGUCCAGCUCGCUCUGCAACGUCACUGAAUGGCCUCCGUUUGUGGUGACUCUGGACGAGGUGGAGCUGGUGCACUUUGAGAGAGUUCAGUUCCACCUCAAGAACUUCGACGUGGUCAUCGUUUAUAAAGACUACAACAAGAAAGUCACCAUGAUCAACGCCGUGCCCGUCAACUCUCUGGACCCCAUCAAAGAGUGGCUCAACUCGUGUGAUAUCAAAUACACUGAAGGUAUUCAGUCUUUGAACUGGACCAAGAUCAUGAAGACCAUAGUGGACGAUCCGGAGGGCUUUUUCGAGCAGGGUGGCUGGUCUUUCCUCGACCCCGAGAGUGAGGGCAGCGGAGGGGAGGAAGACUCUGAGUCUGAGAUUGAGGAUGAAACCUUUAACCCUUCAGCUGAUGAGGAGGAGGAGGAAGAGGAGGACAGUGAUGAAGAUUAUUCCUCAGAGACAGAGGACUCCGAUUACAGCGCGUCUCUGGGCAGUGAAGAAGAGAGUGGCAAAGACUGGGACGAGCUGGAGGAGGAGGCCAGGAAAGCUGAUCGUGAGAGUCAGUAUGAGGAAGUAGAGGAGACCACAAACAGGAAGAGGAAAGGCCGUUCGUCAGCUCCGCCCCCUCGCAGCAAGAAGAAGAGGCGACAUUAAACACACACACACUGCCAAAUAAGUUCACACAGUCCUCUUUUACUGCCCCUACAACCACACACACACACACACACACACACACACGCUCUGUGUUUGGUGUAAAUAGCGUCAUGCAGCGCUGAUGUGUAGAAUAAUAGUGGUUUUCAUAUCAGCGGAUGGACGGACCCUCCUUUCUUUGGUUUUCCUCCGUUGCGUCUCAGGUGUGUGUGUGUGUGUGUGUGAGAAUAAGUGUUGGCUCUUCCAGCUCAUCUCUCCUUCUCUCGCCGCUCUGUCCGUUUCUGAAUGAACGCGCGGCGCUUCACGACCAUGAGCUUUACUUUAGUACAUGAUGAUUCACUUUGUGCUUUUGUUUUUCUAAAGUGAGGGGACAUAAACACACACACACACACACACACACACACCGUAAACAUACACUUGUUAUUUUUUCCCUUUAGUUUUUGGCUUAUUCUGAAUUGGUAGUCUUGUAUUGUUCAAUCAAAAAUUGUUUUUCCUUUUUUUCUUUUUUAAUAAAAGUUCGGUGAAAUUUA